AUGACUUCCACCGAACCUCAUCUCUGCUUCCGAUCUUUUGUAGAAGCCCUCAAGGCUGACAAUGAUCUGAUUGAGAUCAACUCCCCGGUAGAUGCCAACCUUGAAGCAGCUGCGAUCACCCGACGUGUCUGCGAGACAGAUGACAAGGCUCCUCUCUUCAACAAUGUGAUCGGCUCACAGCACGGUCUCUUCCGCAUCCUCGGUGCCCCUGCGUCAUUGAGAAAGUCCUCGAAGGACCGCUACGGUCGACUGGCUCGCCAUCUCGCCCUAGCGCCCACCGCUUCGAUGCGUGACAUUCUCGACAAGAUGCUUUCGGCCAGCAAGCUGACUCCUAUCCCGCCUCAAAUACUAUCAACUGGGCCCUGCAAGGAGAACGUUUUGGAGGGAGACGACAUCGAUCUUACCAAGAUCCCGGCUCCUCUCAUCCACCAGGACGACGGAGGCAAGUAUAUUCAAACCUACGGAAUGCACAUUGUUCAGUCUCCCGAUGGAUCAUGGACCAACUGGUCUAUUGCUCGCGCCAUGGUCUCCGAUAAGCGUCAUUUGACUGGCCUCGUCAUCGAGCCGCAACACAUCUGGCAGAUUCACAAUAUGUGGAAGAAGGAAGGCCGUGAUGUGCCCUGGGCUUUGGCUUUCGGUGUUCCUCCCGCUGCUAUCAUGGCUUCCAGCAUGCCUAUCCCUGACGGUGUCAGUGAGGCAGAGUACGUGGGAGCAAUGACCGGUUCGGCCAUAGAGCUUGUCAAGUGUGACACCAAUGGUCUUUAUGUCCCUGCUACAUCGGAGAUUGUCUUCGAGGGAACCCUGUCUAUCACUGACAAGGGUCCCGAGGGACCCUUCGGAGAGAUGCACGGCUAUGUCUUCCCUGGUGACACUCACCUCUGGCCUAAGUACACAGUCAACCGCAUUACCUAUCGCAACAACCCUAUCAUGCCCAUGUCAGCCUGCGGUCGCUUGACCGAUGAGACACACACCAUGAUCGGAUCACUCGCCGCCGCCCAAAUUCGCCAAAUCUGCCAGGACAAUGAUCUUCCCGUGACCGACGCCUUUGCCCCCUUCGAGUCGCAGGUAACCUGGGUUGCUUUGCGCAUCGACACCGCCCGUCUACGCAAGAUGAAGACCACCUCCGCCGAGUUCUCUAAGACAGUCGGCGAUCUGAUCUUCCACAGCAAGCCCGGCUACACCAUUCAUCGUUUGGUUCUUUGCGGAGAUGAUAUCGAUGUGUACAAUGGCAAGGAUGUGAUGUGGGCAUUCUCCACUCGUUGCCGUCCUGGUCUGGAUGAGACUUUCUAUGAAGAUGUACGUGGAUUCCCGCUGGUUCCUUAUAUGAGCCAUGGCAAUGGGUCGCCUGUCCAGGGAGGCAAGGUUGUUUCCGAUGCUCUGAUGCCCACUGAGUACACCACUGGCCGUGACUGGGUGGCUGCUGAUUUCGAGCACUCUUAUCCCGAGGAGCUUAAGAAGAAAGUCUUGGAUAACUGGACUGCGAUGGGAUUCCGGGAGGAGUAA